GCAGAUACAAUUAAUAACCAGAAGAGUGCUAAACAGAAAUAAAAGAAGCGUAUACAACCGUGUGAAGUUCAGAGCGUCACAGCAACAAACAAUCCGUCAGAAGCAAGUUGCCAGAUCUGCUUCAUGUCCUCCUUUAGUCCUGAGAAGACUGGUGGAAGAGUAUGAUAAAUCAGUCUGUAAACUGAGUGUAGAUACAAGUGAGGGAAGCCACCAAGACUCCUGGGGUAAAUGUUUUCUGCUUGGGUGGGCGGGACCCUGUUGAGGCCUGGUGUUGUGGUAUCCGUGGUAACGAAGUAAGUUGAUGCCUCCUCAGUUUUUAAUGAGCUGCAGCUGGCCGGCGGUCAAUGUCGGGUAAAGCUCUCAAAGUGUUGGCAGAAGUAACAGUUGGGGCGGUUUCGUGUCCUGGAGUUCACCUUCCGGGCCAAGAUGACGUGUACCUCAGUCUGUGUGUCCUGGGUCAGUACCGUCAGUCCCAACGCCUGGCGGCUGUCUUCCCUCUGCUGCUGCACGAGAAGAUGACCUUUGAAAAAAUUUUCCGACACGCUGUGGACCCUGCAGACGUCUCCGUCCUGCUUCAGUAUGAAGUGGUCCGGAUCGAGCUGGUGCAGCUGGUUCCUCCAGCGGGCGAAGCUCUGGCCUGCUUUGAAGACAACGCUCGAUGUUUCUUAUUCCCAGAACCUAAGCUGGUUCCUUCCUUCUCCGGAAUGGACCGAGAGGUUCUGAUGACCCGAGCGCCUCACUUUCCAGGUAUUGCUCCAAGGUCGGAGUUCUCCAGCAGGACAACCAUCACUGAGUGCUCAGCCGAUGCAGAAGUCAACCUUCACCCCAACGUCCUCACGGUAACCUCAGAUGAACGGAUUUCUGAGGACGAGUGCGGCUCAUCAGGAACGCACAUCGACUCCACCCACAGCCAACGUCCUGAUGCAUCGGCAGCGUGGAGGGCGUGUCAGGAUCGCACUGCCAGGUCUGAGUCCAGGUCUCACAGAGUGUGGGAGGAAGUUCACGAUUGUGUUCGGAGGCUCCUGACCGCGCCCAAAGCCAUACAGCGACUCAUCUCCGGUGCUACGCAGUCUGAGGUGGACAUGAUUUUGACCAGGACCUCCAUCUGUCCUGGUCCGCCGUGGUGA